AUGGGAGCCGGAGCCAAAGCAGCGCCGGAUCCCAGCCGCGGCGAGACGAUCACUGGCAGUGACUUGGAGGAGGAGGUCACGAAAUGGAUCGAAGCCGUUUCCGGGGAGAUGAAGGGCGAGAAGAGCUUUGGCCAAUGGCUGAAGGAUGGGCAAGUGGUGUGCAAGGUGGCAAACAGCAUCCAGCCAGGCAUCAUCCCCGCUGUCAACGCAUCCAAGAUGCCCUUCAAGCAGAUGGAGAAUGUUACUGCCUUCAUCAAGGCGUGUCGGAGCCUGGGCGUGCUGGAGAAGGACGUCUUCUCCACCGUGGACCUCUUCGAGGCCAAGAACCUGGUGUCCGUGCAAAGGUGCAUCUUCAACUUGGGCUCCGUGGCGAGGCGCAUCCCCGACUUUCCAGGCCCCUUCCUGGGAGUGGCGCAGAAUGCCAAGGUUGAGGAUGCCAAGCGCAAGAGCCAGGUCACCACGACGCAGUACACCGGCCUGCGCCAGGACAUCGCCGACGAGCUGCGGACAGGGCACAACGUGCGUGUGGCGGGGCAGCCGCCUUGA